GUAAAUUACCUUCACAAUGGAGAACAAAUUAACCACCCAGUGAUGCUGGCCUCAGGGAAUAGCUCUUUGCAUCCUGUGUUCUUCAUCCUACUUGGGAUCCCAGGACUUGAGAAUUACCAAUUUUGGAUUGCCCUUCCUCUCUGUGCCAUGUAUGUUGUGGCUAUAGUUGGCAAUAUCAUUGUCCUUCAUAUAGUCCGAACUGACCACACACUACAUGAGCCCAUGUACCUCUUUCUAGCCAUGCUAGCUAUCACUGACCUGGCCCUCUCCUCUUCCACGCAACCUAAAAUGCUGGCUAUACUCUGGUUUCAUGCUCAUGAGAUUGAAUACCAUGCCUGCCUCAUCCAGGUGUUCUUCAUCCACGCCUUUUCUUCUGUGGAGUCUGGGUUGCUCAUGGCUAUGGCCUUGGACCGUUUUGUGGCUAUCUGCUUCCCACUCCACCACUCUACUAUCCUGACCCCAGCUGUGGUGGGUAAACUGGGGGCAGCCGUGAUGAUGAGAGGAUUGCUGUGGGUGAGUCCCUUCUGCUUCAUGGUCUCCAGGAUGCCCUUCUGCCCCAACCACGUCAUUCCACAGUACUACUGUGAGCACAUGGCUGUGCUAAAGCUGGUGUGUGCAGACACUAGAGUCAAUCGUGCAUAUGGGCUCUUUGUGGCCUUCUCUAUGGCUGGCUUUGAUAUGAUUGUCAUCAGUAUAUCCUAUGCGAUGAUUUUGAGAACUGUUCUGGGAUUGCCCUCUGAGGAAGCCUGGCUCAAGGCUUUUGGCACAUGUGCUUCCCAUAUCUGUGUCAUCUUGACUUUUUACAUCCCAGCCCUCUUUACUUUCCUCACCCACCGCUUUGGACAUCACGUGCCCCAAGUGGUACAUAUCAUGUUCGCUAAUCUCUAUCUACUGAUACCUCCCAUGCUCAACCCCAUCAUCUAUGGAGUUAGGACCAAGCAGAUCAGGGACAGGGUUAUUCGAGGAUGUUGUGGAAAAGAUCCCUGAGCCAAGGGUCACGGCAUCACAACCAACCCCAUCACCCCACUGAUCUGGAAUGCACGCAUCAGAACAAAGUUAUCUGUGAACAAAAGGCCCAGAGGUUAGCAACCCUCCAGAACAAAAGAACAAUUUUGAAAAUGCCCAGAACAAGAACUCUCUGAACGAUGUGAUUGAUCAUAAAUACUGAGUUGACCAAUCUUCAUCAUCACAAGAGAACAGUAAAAAAUAUGUCCAUCUAUCAAAUUAGUGAAGAUUUGAACAGAAUGCCAUCUUCCAACAGACCACUAAGGUGAAAAUGAUCUUCACCCUGCCAGAAGUCUAAGCUGCUACCUGUUAAAAAGGAGAUAAGAACUUUCCACCAAAACAGUUAAAAAGUACAUGUAUUUUUUCCUUCUUGGAAUCUCUUUAUAAAAAUAGAAUUUGAGGGAAAGAAAAGUACAAAGAUAUGUAUAGAUUCAUUAUUUAUAAAACCAAAAACAGGAA